UCUAACAUGUAAGCACGCCACAUCAUUUUCUAGACAGAAUCCGAAUCUCUCUUUUUCUGUUUCUCUCUCUCUCUUUAUCAUCAUGGAAUUUGAAAAGCAUGAAAAAGGAAGCGUAUUAAAUGAGAAUUUAGAGGAGAAGUUGACGGUCUCUUCUGGUGAUUCUGAAGCCAAACCUCUGAUCUUCACAUUUGUCCCCACUGUCAGAAGACUACCAACCCACUCUCAGUUGGCUGACACCUCUAAAUUCCUUGUUAAAAUUCCUGAGGAAUCAAGUGAUAAGAAUCCAGAAACUGUAAAUAGGUCUAAUUUCAGUGAGUACUUGACCUUGAAAGCUGGGAGCCAACAGCAGAGAGACGGAGGGGCAUUGACUGGUCCUUCAGAGGUCAGCGGAAAGAUAGCACAAGUAAGGGAAUUUAAAGUGAACGAACCCCAAGGAAUGCAGCAAAGUGGCCUCUUCAAAGCUGAGUAUGUCUUUAUUGUGGACUCUGAAGGGGAAGAUGAAACUACAAGCAGAAAAGUUGAACAAAGCCCCCCAGUGGGGAUGGGCACCACAGCUACUCGGCCUACAUCUCUAGCAAUCUCCUCCAGUCUGGUCUCUGAUGUGGUGCGUCCCAAAACAAGGGCAACAAACCUCCAGGCCCCAUCACAUCCUGAAAUGCCUCAUGGGAUGGCUUCUCAACAAAAGCAUGGGCAGUCAACUUCUUCUUCCACUACCUCUGAGCAGCUGGCCUGUAAACCACCUGCUUUCUCCUUUGUUUCUCCAACUAAUCAGAAAGCACCACCCGACCCCACUCAGCUCGGCGCGGCCUCUGCCCUAGAGGAGUUCCACACCAGGAGGCUGGACGCCGGUGGGGCCUGGGUGGAAGAAACAGCUUCGUUUUUUCAAACUUCCACUCACUCGUCACCCUUUUUUGCAUCGAAAGGCACCUCCUGGGCGUUUCAGUCUCCCCAUUCCACGCAGCUAUCAGGUUCUGAUUUGUCCAGUCCCAGUGAAGCAGACCAAAAACCUGGACGGCCAUUGGAAGCUCUGAGGAAGACAGCGUCAGCCUCACAUGUCCUUAGCCCCGGGGAAAGCCUGCGGCCCUCUUCUCCUCCACCGUCCUCCAGUGCCUCUCUGAAGUCGAAUUCAGCCUCGUACCUACCAGUCCGUAUUGUCCUGCAUUCACUCUCUCCAAGUCCCAAACCAUUUACUUCCUCUCUCCAUGGCUCUUCUUCCACUCUCUGUAGCCCAAUGUCUUCCAGUGGCAAUCUCUCAAGGUCAGGGGUGAAAUCCCUGGUGCCCUCCCGGCUUUCUCUUCUCACUGCCAUCCUCAAGUCCAACCCUUCUCACCAGAGACCCUUGUCCCCUGCAUCCUGUCCCACUUUCUCUCUCAACUCCCUGGCUUCGUCCACACUCACACUUGAUCAAAAAGCAAAGCAAGCCCCAUCCACACCUAAAAAAUCUCUCUCCAGUUGCUCGCUGAGCGCCAGGUCUCCUGGGCAAAGGGAACACCAGGAUUCUGAAUUUAGCCAGCCAUCCUUUCACUUACCUUUGUUCACCCAAUCUGCUCCCCUUCCUCAGGCACAACCCCUUCCUCCCACAAAACAUGAAAGCAGUAGCCUUGCUUCUUUGAAUGUAGAGAAGACACCAUCACCCACUUCUUUAAAGAGUAAUUCAGUCCCCUCCCUGCUGCAGACAACAUCGAGUCCUGUAGGUCUUCCUCCUGCUUCACAAAGAUUUUAUCCUUUUUCUUGGAAGAGCAAAACGGCUGCUGACCUCAGGGGUCCAGAAAAGCCCAGGGAUAUUUACACAUAUCCUUCUGCAUCAGCCUCCUCUAUGUUACCGUCUGCAUUUCCCACUAACCAAAGAGCCACACUCUCCUCUCCAGAGAAAAGUUUCCGUCCUUCCCCAGUUCUUUCAGACCUGCUACACAGAUCCCAGAGAGCAUCACCACAGCUCUCUGGCCAAGGGCAGAAUCCGUCUGCUGCUCCUUCACCGCCUGUCUCCAGUGCUAGCUCUGCCUCUCUUCCCAAAUUGGGGUCCUCCCCUCCCCCUCACGCUAAUCUUCCCACUCAGGCACCCCAGCUCAGUCCUUCCGCACUGCACCCAAAUUGUGGCAGUGGCACCUUACCUUCAAGAUUUGGGAGAUCGGAAAGCUCAGUAUCUGACCACAGGUCAUCUGUUUCAACCCCAUCACCUUCCACCUCUCUAACAAGAACCAAGGAGCUGAUUUCACCUUGUGCAUUUGCCAUGCCAACAGACCCUGAGAAUAAGAAACCCAAGCAAUACAAGACCAGUUCAAGCUACAAGGCUUUUGCAGCAAUCCCUACCAACACAUUGCUUUUGGAACAGAAGGCACUAGAUGAACCGGCCAAAACUGAAAACAUCUCCAAGGACAACACAUUAGACCCACCUCUGGAGUUUUGUUUCCCUGCACAGCUCAGGCAGCAAACUGAAGAGCUCUGUGCUACCAUUGAUAAGGUCUUACAGGAUUCCUUGUCUAUGCAUUCUUCUGGUUCUCCUUCAAGUUCUCUACAGAAAUUGUUGGGUUCUGACACUACCAAAACACCUACAACUGUUCCGAGAUCAGCUGGUCGAGAAACCAAAUAUGCAAACCUCUCUUCACCAUCGUCUACAGUAUCUGAGAGUCAGCUGACUAAACCUGGAGUAAUUCGCCCGGUACCCGUAAAAUCCAAAAUAUUAUUGAAAAAAGAGGAGGAAGUCUAUGAACCCAACCCUUUCAGUAAAUAUCUGGAAGAUAACAGUGACCUCUUUUCUGAGCAGGAUGUGACAGUCCCCCACAAGCCUGUUUCUCUCCAUCCUUUAUAUCAGACUAGACUCUAUCCUCCUGCUAAGUCCCUGCUGCAUCCACAGACCCUCUCCCAUGCUGACUGUCUUACCCCAGGACCCUUCAGUCAUUUGUCCUCCUUCUCACUGUCUGAUGAACAGGAGAAUUCCCACACCCUGUUUAGCCACAACGUAUAUAAUAAGCUGAGUCAUCCAAUGGUGACUAUUCCUGAACAUGAGACUCUUGAUUCCAAAGAGAUGAGGAAACUGAGGCUGAGGGAAGUCAACUAAAGCCAAAUAGCUGGAAACUGUCUGCACAAUCAGGAAUCCAGAUCUGACUGCCUGAAGCCUGUGCUCUUAAGCCCUCUACUGUACCCUAUCUGGCUAUCUUCAUUUCUAUCUGUAUUAUCUAAUUCUGUCUCCCUCUUAAAUCAUACUUUAAAAUAUUUGCAAUUUAUAAGAGAAAUGAUCUUUUGUCUUAAUUUGCAUUUUAAAAAUCCUGUAUUUUCUGUUAUUUUUGUCUAUUUUGCUUUUGCAUUAAGUAAUGCAUUUAUCUACUGGUAUGGUGAUAUUUUUCUUACUGCAUUGUAAACUCCCUUUAUAUAUUAAUAUUAAUGACAUUAAUUCUUUGUCAAAUGUGCUAGCCCUUUCAGUGUGAUGGUGGCGAAUUGUGUGAGACUGAAAAAUCAGACAACUAUAUAUGUCCAAGAAGAGGAGAAAGGUUGAAUAAAUUUUGUACAUUCUAAGAGAAAAUAUAAAAAAUAACAAUCAAUGUUCUCUUUCUUUCAAACAAUAAUAGGCUGAAGUUCACAUAGGCUAUAUCUAUAUAAAUAAAAAUGUUUCUACACAAUAAUGGAAAGUCAGUUGGUUGAUUAAAUAACAAAAGCAUUCAGAAGGGAUAAUAAAUACUGAAUUAAGAACUUCUGAAUGUUAGGUAAUGCUGAAAGACUGUUGCAAGAACAACAGGUAGAGGUAGUAUUGUGAUAUUUACAUUUUUUGCACCAAUUAUCAUAACCCUAGAGACAAAACUUAAAAUUAAGCUAGUGAGCAAGAUUGUCAAAAAGUGGUUUCAAGCUCAUAUAUGGAAUAUAUGAAAAACACCACAAAAGAAACUAGAGUUUGAAGUUUAGCAAUUGUGAGACAGUAAAUUAGCUAGUAUUAAAAGAAAUGUAAAUAAUUAAACAAAAGGAUAUUUUAUGUUUCUAUUGUUCAUUGUUUUACUUCUUAAUAACAUUGGUACAUUUGGGACAUUAGCAAAUUUUAUAGUUUCCUAUGAUAUGUGGGCAGACUGUAAUAUUGAUCCCCGUUCCCCGCCCCCAAUCUCUCUUUGUUAUUUAAAUAUCUGCUAAAUUAUCCUUUUUUACAUAGCAAUUCUGGCCUAAGAAGUAAAGCACCCCAGUUACCAACCCAGUACAAAUAAACAAUUAUGGAAAAAUCCUUCAUCAGAUCUCAAACUUUACCCCUUAGUGUGUCUCCCAUUUUCUAAAGACAGCAAUCUGUUUUUCUUGCCAGUAUACUCACAUUUCUUGUAUUUCAUUAUGCUGUUUAAAGAUUCUAGUUUUUUAAAAUUAGCUUGGUAAUUCAUUUAAAACAAACAGACAUCAGAUUUAUCUGAUUUGACUUGUUCAUUGUUUUAAUAAGUCAUAUGAUUUAUAAAGUACAUUGAAAAAGCACUAACUCAAAACAAUUUCACUUAUCAUGUAGUUCAGUGGUUGUCAACUCUGGCUGAAUAUAAGGACCUCCUUUGUAAAAACCACAGGAGCACAGUUCCACUUCAGGCAAAUUGAAUCAAGAAGCUCUUGCCAAAACCGUUUUGGCUCAGUGGAUAGAGCGUUGGCCUGCAGACUGAAGGGUCCCGGGUUUGAUUCUGGUCAAGGGCAUGUACCUGGGUUGCGGGCACAUCCCCAGUAGGAGAUGUGCAAGAGGCAGCUGAUUGAUGUUUCUCUCUCAUUGAUGUUUCUAGCUCUCUAUCUCUCUUCCUUCCUCUCUGUAAAAAAUCAAUAAAAUGUAUUAAAAAAAAAAAAGAAGCUCUGGAGGUGGACAAAGACAUUGGUUGCUAUGUUUUCAAAUCUUGGUCAUUCAAAUGUGCAGCGAGAGUUGAGAUCCUCAAAUUCAAGCUUCUUCAUUGGCGGUUUGGGAAAGCCAAUAAAAUCAAUUGUGGAAACAAAAACUUGAAAGUAAAAGCAGGAGAAUUAUUUUAAAAUUAGUCUCAGCCCUCCUGGAGUAACUCAGUAGUUGAGUGUUGACCUAUGAACCAGGAGGUCACUGUUCGAUUCCUGGUCAGGGCACAUGCCCCGGAUAUGGGAUGGAUCUCCAGUGGGCAGUGUGCAGGAGGCAGCUGAUGGAUGAUUCUCUCUCAUCAUUGAUGUUUCUAAUCUCUCUCUCCCUCUCCCUUCCUCUCUGAAAUCAAUAUUAAAAAAAUAAAACAUGCCCUAACCGGUUUGGCUCAGUGGAUAGGGCGUCAGCCUGCGGACUCAAGGAUCCCAGGUUCGAUUCUGGUCUAGGGCAUGUACUUUGGUUGUGGGCACAUACCCAGUAGGGAGUGUGCAGGAGGCAGCUGAUUGGUGUUUCUUUCUCAUCGACGUUUCUAACUCUCUAUCCCUCUCCCUUCCUCUCUGUAAAAAACCAAUAAAAUAUAUUUUAAAAAAAACACAUAAAAAUUAGUUUCAGGGAAUGCUUUGAAUUAAUAAAAAUGUGGGCCACAUGUUCUGAUCUGCCAUAAAUGUUUAACCUGUGCUUUAACCUGUGUAGAUUAAUUUUGAGAGAUCUGUUCUAUGUUGAGAUUCACUAUAAUUUAUUUAGUAACACCUAAUACUUUGUUUUGGUUUUCUAUGUAUUCCACACAGGUUUGGAAAAUACUUAGGCUAAGGCUGGGCAUAGCAUUUGGUGCAAACUGAGUCUGGGGACCACUAGGCUCCAAAGAAUGUUUUAUUUAGCAUUUUAUGAGGCACUUAAAAAAAUACUUGGUCAUUGAUGAAUCCUUCUACAAGCAGAUGAGAUUCCAAAAUAAUUGAUUUGACUGUUGUGGUCAGCUAACUGAUCAAUUUUCAAAGAAGGUCACUUUCAUAAAUUUCAAUUAUUCACACCAAUGCAGCAAUCUCCAAGAAGGUAUAUAGCUAAACACCAUUUAAUUUCAAGCUAACUCCCUGCCUGAGAUAAAUGAUUUUUAGUAGAGUUACUCAGAAGGAAAUGCAUUCUAGUAGCAACAAUUAUUUCUGAUUAUAUCUAUCAUGUCUUCUCAAUUCAGCAAGUCUUUGAUCUACCACUACUCUGUAACCCACUUCUCUUUCUACAGGUUUAAUUGUGAAAGUCGUACUGGGGAAUGAGAUAUAAACAGACCCACCAUUUUCAUAUCAACUGGAACAUGUGGCCCUCGGCCUCUUUUAUUUUUAACUUUAGGGUCAAUUGAUUUCCAAAAACAUGAUUAGAUGCAUUUGAUUCUGACCUUUCAUAUUUACUUUCUAUUAACACCACUUGAGAGCUAAUCAUUUACUAACUGCCCAUAAAACACACACCUGGCAAAUUCAUCUCCUGUUUUCUUAUUCCUCCUCUUUGCAAAUUUUGAUCAACAUUUAAGGGUUGGCAAUAUCACAGUUCUGCUAGGAAGGGGACCUGCCUUGGUGUGUCUAAACUUUUUAUUGUGCUCAUUUUAUUGUGAAUUUCAGAAUCUCCACUGAUAUCUAAAGUUCUAAUCUAAUGGGACAAGCAUCUCAUUCCUCUAUCUUUAUUCUCCAGAUGAUAAUAUAGAAAAAAGAAAUUAAGUGACUUUUCCAUGGAAGCCAGUCUCAUUUUCUGGUUUGAUUAAAGGAUAAAAUUGAAAUUAUCAAGAAGAAUGGGCUCACUCUAUUCCCUUUAGGCAAUUGUCCUAAAUAUUAUUUUUUAAAAUCAAGCUUUGAUAAAUCUCAGAUUGAAGAGUUCAAGGUUGUAAUUUCAGGCAAGAACUUGGAAUAAGGCUAUUGGAAUAAAUUUUAAUUAAAAGAAGAUUUAUAUGUUUUGAUAAACAACUGUACAGAGGGUAAAUGUGUCUUAUAAAGACACCUAAUAUGAGCACCCAAAUAGAUAGCACCAUGCAGCUACCAGCAAGGACACUGUCAAAAUGACUUUGCUGUGUUGUAAGCCCCAGUCUGUGUGGGGGGAAUAUAACAACAAUAUCAACAAGACACUCUAUCAACUCAGAAGUCCUCUUCACAAAAGCAGUAGAGAAAGAAAACAUUUUAUUAUUGAAUAAGCAUUAAACCAGAAUGUGAUAUGCAUCAUAAUCGCUAAGAGAUUGCAACAUCAGAAAAAAAAUCUCACCCUUCAUAUAGCUAUAUAUACAUGUUUUCAAGAUAGGUAAUCAUUCAAUCCAUCCUCAAGUAAGAGGGCUUGACAGUACUAUGUAUUAUUACAUAUAGCUUAUUCUUUAUCACCUGGUAAGUGGGGUGACCAUCUGUCAGUUAAUUGGCUUUACACAAAGGAAAAAUAAGAUUUUCAUAUCUUUAUGACAAGAGGUAGUUUUACAACUUGGAGUCAGGUAUCGGCUAAAGGUAGCUCUUGCCCCCUCUCAGAAACUAGGAGAAAGGGGUGCUAUCUCACAUGGAUGUUUACUUGGUUCUCAAGUCCUUGAGAAAGACUUUCCUGGCUCUUAAAGCUGACAAAAUGCCCCAAUCAUUUUUAAAAGGACUUACGUGCAUUUUAAAGAAUGGAGAAUGUACUCAGAAUGAUAAGUUUUCUAAAGCAAAUGCUCUAAGAGCAGAGGAUGGGAAAUCUCUCCCUUUAUUUUAUUUUUUUAAUUUUUAUUGCUUAAAAUAUUACAAAGAGUAGUACAUUUGUCUCCUUUUUUUCCCCCUUGACCUUCCCCCAGCCUCCCCUACCCCCCAGUGUCUUGGUUAUGCUUAUAUGCAUGCAUACAAGUCCUUUGGUUGAUCUCUUACCCCCUCCCCCUCCAACCCUCCCCAGCCUUCCUGCUGUAGUUUGACAGUCUGUUUAAUGCUGCUCUGCCUCUGUAUCUAUUUUUGCACAUCAGUUUAUAUCUUCCCUUAUUUUCAACAGGAGAAUUAAGCCUCUUAUUUUAAUUUCAAUCUGUCCUUAUAUUUGGUUGACAAGGGGCAGAACUGAAAUUUGAGAGUCCUACUCUGAAGAAAGAAGCCCCACUCAUUUUCCUUUUGUAGGGUCUUAGUUGAAUCUACUGUAGGAGAGAGAAGUGGUUGACAAUUUUGGGGUCUCCCCAUUUUUGGGGUUAUCUCAGUAGAUUGAUGUUUGUAGUGUAGUGAGUCAUGGCAAAGCUGAGCAAGAGGUGGGAACUAGAAUGACUGACAUUCAUCUGUCUGCUAGUUUUUCAAGAUAAACACUGUAAGAUCUAUGCUAAAAACUGUUUGGAGCUCAGGCCAUCCUGGUAUUAAAUUUUUGUUGUUUGUUAGUUCGUUUGGUGUGUUUUUUAAUCCUCACCUGAGGAUAUUUUUCCCAUUGAUUUUUAGAAAGAAUGGAAGAGAGAGAUGGGAGCGAGGAGAGAGAGAAACAUCUAUGUGAGGGAGACACAUUGAUUGGUUGCCUCUGGCACAUUUCCCUACCUGGGCUGGGGAACCUGCAACAGAGGCAUUUGCCUUUGAUCGGGAAUUGAAUCUGAGACCCUUGAGUCUGCAGGCCCAUGCUCUAACCACUGAGCGGCUGGCCAGAGUGGUAUUUAAUGUUUUUGACCCCAGAAUCAAUGCUAUGCUCUCCAGAAUCCAUUACACCUGCAUUCUCUAUCAAUCAUGCUGUCUUUAUAGGACCUUAAUUACUGAAUGUUUUAUAGCUUCUGGCUUAUGGACAAUCAAUUUUAGCACAAGAUCUGUGUCUUUACACUGAAGUUAGUGGUUAUAUAAAUGUCCAAAAGUACAUUUUUAAGAGAAAAAUAAAUAUGUAGCAAUUAAUAAUAUGAUGUACAUUUUUCUGAAAAUUGUUUUUUGUUCUGCAUGCAUGAAGCCUGGCUUCAUAUUUACAAGAACACAUAUAUAGAUAAAUUUGUUCUCACUUGUCAGAGAAAAGUGUGCACAGAGGGUUUUGUAUUAAAAGGGGAUGGAAAAUCAGUGAACAUACACCAUUCUUAGUAAAAUAAAUGCUUUCUGUAACAUUGGCUUAAAGCUUUACAACACUAUAUCACAUUACCCAAAGUAAACUCUAAAUAAAAUUAUUUUUGGAA